UCCCUUUCCUUUUUUUUUUUUCUUCCUCCCCCCCCCUUUCCCCUUCCACCAUUUCCCCUUGGAGGCGCUUCCCCCGGGCAGGGGCAGAGCCGGCCUCAACCCCCGCCUCUCCCCGGCCCCCGCCGCCCUAUGGCGAGAGGGCGCCCCCUCCUCACCCGGGCUCGAGUGGCGGCGGUGGGAGCAGCGGGACCGGCGGCGGCGGCCUCAGGUCCGGGGUCAUCAUGGAACUAGUUCGCUGACUGACCCUCUGGCCGCAGCUGUGCGUCCCGCUCGAGCGCCCCCGGCCCGGCUCACCCUCUUCUCCCUCGGUUGUCGGCCCGGUCCUCGUCCCGCGCGCCACGCCGCCGCGCGCAGAGGAAAAUGAGGCGGUAACGGGCCCCCGGAUGACACCGCGUCACCACUGUGAGGCCUACAGCUCCGCCGGGGAGGAGGAGGAGGAGGAGGAAGAGGAGGAGGAGAAGAUAGCUACAUCAAGCUGGGUGGCAAGCAGAUCCAAAGGAUAUCAUGAAGUUUCCAGGACCUUUGGAAAACCAGAGAUUGUCUUUCCUAUUGGAAAAGUCAAUCUCUAGGGAAGCCCAGAUGUGGAAGGUUAAUUUGCCGAAAAUGCUUUCAAAUCAGAAUGUUUCUCCAUCCCAGAGAGAUGAAGUAAUUCAGUGGCUGGCCAAACUGAAGUACCAGUUCAACCUAUACCCAGAAACAUUUGCUCUGGCUAGCAGUCUUUUGGACAGAUUUUUAGCUACUGUAAAGGCCCAUCCAAAAUAUUUGAGUUGUAUUGCAAUCAGCUGUUUUUUUCUAGCUGCGAAGACAGUUGAAGAGGAUGAGAAAAUUCCAGUUCUGAAGGUAUUGGCAAGAGACAGUUUCUGUGGAUGCUCUUCAUCUGAAAUUUUAAGAAUGGAGAGAAUUAUUCUUGAUAAGUUGAAUUGGGACCUUCACACUGCCACACCAUUGGAUUUUCUUCACAUUUUCCAUGCCAUUGCAGUGUCAACUCGGCCUCAAUUACUUUUCAGUUUGCCCAGAUUGAGCCCAUCUCAACAUUUGGCAGUCCUUACCAAGCAACUCCUUCACUGUAUGGCCUGCAACCAACUCCUGCAAUUCAAAGGCUCCAUGCUUGCUCUGGCCAUGGUUAGUUUGGAAAUGGAAAAACUCAUUCCUGAUUGGCUUCCUCUUACAAUUGAACUGCUUCAGAAAGCACAGAUGGAUAGCUCCCAGUUGAUCCAUUGUCGGGAGUUGGUGGCACAUCACCUUUCUACUCUGCAGUCUUCCCUGCCUCUAAAUUCCGUUUAUGUCUACCGCCCCCUCAAGCACACCCUGGUGACCUGUGACAAAGGAGCGUUCAAGGUACAUCCCUCCUUUGUCUCAGGCCCAGAUUUCUCCAAGGACAACAGCAAGCCAGAAGUGCCAGUCAGAAGUACAACAGCCUUUUACCAUCAUCUCCCAGCUGCCACUGGGUGCAAGCAUACCUCUGCUAAACGUAAAGUGGAGGAAAUGGAAGUGGAUGAUUUCUAUGAUGGAAUCAAACGGCUCUAUAAUGAAGAUAAUGCUUCAGAAAAUGUGGGUUCUGUGUGUGCCACUGAUUUAUCAAGACAAGAGGGAAAUGCUUCCCCUUGUCCACCUUUGCAGCCUGUUUCUGUCAUGUAGUUUCAUGUGUAAACUAAGGUUGAGUACUCUGGGAGUGAGAACAUACUAAACCAGAAAAGGCUAUAGAGAAGGAUAUGUAUUUUUAUCAGACUGAUUUGAAGUGAGCCAGGGGUGGGUUGGGGAAACAAACAAAAAAAAAACAAACCCUUGUUCAUUUGUGCAGCUAAUUAUAAUUAUUAAUAUAUAGUCAUAUAUAUACACAUCCAGAAAAUCCAAAAUAUAUUUAAAAAAAAAUUUCUUUGUAAUAUGUCAGUUUCAUUCUUUUCUCUGUUAAAACAGCUUGCCCCAUGUUGGGAAAUAGCAUUUAAUGUUUAGGAAAGUGGUUCCACAGUUUACAGCUCGCAAAACUUGUUCCCAGCAUCCUGAUUUAUUUUUGUUGUUUUUUUCUUUGCCAUUCAAUAAUGAAUUUUGUGCAUGUUGGUCUAUUUUGGCUUCCACUGAGUAGGCUACCCAUGAAAAUUUUUUCAAUAAUAAAAUUUUAAUGUGACAGCCAUGUUUAAUCUAGUUAAUCUGAAGAAUACUUUGAAAUUAUCUCAUAUAUCAAAGGGGAUAAAGUUUUCAUUACAUUAUGUGUGUCUCAGUUCAGGUUUUAGUUAAAUGGUAUUUAAUUAAGGUCCUUAGACUAGUUGAAAGCACUUUUGACAUUUGUAUAAAAUAAUUUGUGAUAAAAGUUAAUAUAUCCAAUUGUUUACCAAAGAAACAUGUAAUUUUUUGUAACUGACCUGUUUUUAAACUCAUUUAUAAUCAGUAGGAGCAAUUGUCUAGAUACUGGGGGCAGCUCCAUGACUUGAGACUAGCUUGUAAUAACUGAAUUCUAGUUUUAUGUUAAGCUAUUGGGAUUUUUCUUGAUAACAAGUUGUUCCUUCUGUCUUCCAACCUACCUGUAUUUCUGUUAAAUGACUUUUGGACCCCUGAGCUCCCUUCAGUCUGAAAGAGAGGGUAUUGUAGUCAGAACCACAUACUGAUAAGUGUCUGGUGGCAAUAAAAAGUUGUCCUUA